AUGUUGAAGUCCAAGUUGGGCUUAGGGGAGAAGAAACAGGGGAAGAAACAUCAGGUUUGCCAGGCUAGCUCUAGGAAGGGUUGUAUGAGGGGCAAAGGGGGACCUGAGAAUGCCCUUUGUACCUACAAGGGUGUCCGACAGCGAACCUGGGGCAAAUGGGUGGCCGAGAUUCGUGAGCCUAAUCGCGGUGCUCGCCUUUGGCUUGGCACCUUUAACACCUCUCAUGAAGCUGCCUUAGCUUAUGAUGCUGCUGCUCGUAAGCUUUAUGGCACUGAUGCCAAGCUGAAUUUGCCUGAGGUCUACCCACCCCAGCUUCCCAACUUGGCCCAAAACCAUGUUCAGGCUCAGGUUCAGGCUCGUGGCCAGGUCCGGAUUCCUUGUUAUCAGAACGGGUACAACCUGUGUUGCUCGUCUGAAAACAGCUCGCUUUCUGGUGCAAGUGACCUUAGUUUUCCAAUUGAGGAGACUAAUUCUACUUCCACAAUCACUGAUAGCACUACCACAAGUGUUGAGAGCUUUGGUGAGAAUGAAGUUGGGAUUAACCAUGGUCUCUGGGAGAAUUCCAACCCAAGUUUACCAGAGCUCGACGAUUCCUUGUGGGCUGAGACUGCUAUGACCCUCGGAUUUCCUCCGCCUGUCAUCGAUCCACAGCCUGAAUUUUCAAUCUCCGACGAACCGGGGUUAUUGUCCGGCAACUUAUAUGAUGACAGCUUCCAGUUUCUAUGGUCUUCUUAA